GUCAUGACGUCGCCGGCCGUUUGACCGUGACAGUGGGGCAACAUGGCGGCGCACGGUCUCCCUCCGUCUCUCAGCAGGCUGCUGUUCGCUGUAAAGUAUGGCUCACUCCAGUCUAGAUGCUGUGCACUGCACAGCAAGGCUCAAUAUUCCACUGUCCACAAUCCCGGUGAAAAGACCUUUGAUAAGAUCCUUAUCGCCAACAGAGGAGAGAUCGCCUGCAGAGUGAUCAAGACGUGUAAGAAGAUGGGCAUCCAGACUGUAGCUGUCCACAGUGAUGUAGACUCCAGUGCUGUCCACGCAAAGAUGGCUGACGAGGCCGUGUGUGUUGGCCCCGCCCCCACCAGUAAGAGCUACCUGAACAUGGACGCCAUCAUGGACGCCAUCAGAGCGACCGGAGCACAAGCUGUUCAUCCUGGCUAUGGGUUUCUGUCUGAAAACAAAGAGUUUGCGAAGCGACUGGCAGCGGAGGGCGUGGCCUUCAUCGGCCCUGACACGCAUGCCAUCCAGGCCAUGGGGGACAAAAUAGAGAGCAAGCUGAUUGCUAAGGCUGCUAAGGUCAACACUAUCCCAGGAUUUGAUGGCGUUGUGGAGACUGUUGAGGAAGCUGUGAAGAUCGCACAGGAAAUUGGCUACCCAGUGAUGAUCAAAGCCUCUGCCGGAGGAGGAGGGAAAGGAAUGAGGAUUUCUUGGAACGACGAGGAGACGAGGGAAGGUUUUCGGUUCUCAUCCCAGGAGGCAGCAUCCAGCUUUGGAGACGACAGGCUGCUCAUUGAGAAGUAUAUCGACAACCCCAGACACAUAGAGAUACAGGUGCUAGCUGAUAAACAUGGCAACGCUCUGUGGCUGAACGAGAGGGAGUGCUCCAUCCAGAGGAGGAACCAGAAGGUGGUGGAGGAGGCUCCCAGCACUUUCCUGGACCCAGAGACGCGGCGGUUGAUGGGUGAGCAGGCGGUGCAGCUGGCCAAGGCUGUGCAGUACUCCUCCGCCGGCACUGUGGAGUUCCUGGUGGACUCCAAGAAGAACUUCUACUUCCUGGAGAUGAACACUCGACUACAGGUGGAACAUCCAAUCACAGAGUGCAUCACUGGCCUGGACCUGGUGGAGCAGAUGAUCAGGGUCGCCAAGGGUUACCAGCUGCAUCACAAGCAGGAGGACAUCCCGAUAAAUGGCUGGGCUAUCGAGAGUCGUGUCUACGCUGAGGAUCCGUACAAGUCUUUUGGUCUUCCCUCCAUCGGACGUUUGUCCCAAUACCAAGAACCACUCAACCUCAGCAAUGUCCGUGUCGACAGUGGGAUCCAGGAGGGCAGUGACAUCAGCAUCUACUAUGAUCCCAUGAUCUCUAAAUUGGUGACCUAUGGAGCUACGCGAGCGGAAGCCCUGGCCAAGAUGGAGGACGCUUUGGAUAACUACGUCAUCAGAGGUGUGACCCACAACAUUCCCCUCCUACGGGAAAUCAUCACGCACCCUCGCUUCAUCUCUGGUGACAUCAGCACCAACUUCCUGCCGGAGGUUUACCCCGACGGCUUCAAGGGUCACCAGCUGGAGGCGGACAAGCGCAGGGAGCUGCUGGCCUCGGCAGCGGCGCUCUACAUCACCGCUCAGCUCCGUUCGCAGAAGGUCCUGGGUGGCCUGAGGGUUUCCUCCGCCCCUGUGGAAUGUAAUCACUGGGAGCUGUGUGUGGAGCUCGGGGACGGACGCCAUGCCAUGGAGGUCACCAAAUCCGGAGAUGUUUUUACUGUAGAGGUGGACGGAGGAACGGUGGAAGUCAGCGGACAGUGGAACCUGGCCUCCCCAUUGCUGCCGCUCACCAUCAACGGCUCUCACAGAAUGCUCCAGUGUCUGUCCAGAGAAGCCUCAGGAAGGAUCGUCCUGCAGUUCCUGGGCACAUCGUUUCAGCUGCGCGUUCUGUCCAAGUUGGCCGCAGAGUUGAACUCGUACAUGCCAGAGAAAGUUCCGGAAGACACCAGCAGCAUCCUGCGUUCACCGAUGCCCGGCACGAUUGUGGCCGUGUCCGUCAAGCCCGGAGAUACUGUUGCAGCAGGUCAGGAGAUCUGUGUGAUUGAAGCCAUGAAGAUGCAGAACAGUUUGACAGCUGUCAAGCAAGCAAAGGUGAAGAGUGUCCACUGCAAACCAGGGGAGACGGUGGGAGAGGGAGAUCUGCUGGUAGAGCUGGAAUAAAGCAGGACCUUUGACCUUUUUGAUGUGGCAUCACCACCGGGUCACAAGCCUUACUCCUAUCCGUGUCCACGGAGACGAACCACUCGGGCAAACGGACUGAACAAUAACGGAUAACUUGAUUUGUUUUGCCAGUGGUCGGUCUCAACGGUGGUGCCCCCCGCCCCCUCUAUCCUCUCCAACAGAGUUUAGUUUCCCUGGUGGCGUCUCAAAACUGUCAGCAGUUUGUCUCAGUCAUGUUGCUCCUCUUGUGAAUCUUCCCAUCAUGCCUCUGUCUUCUAGACCUGAUUUGUCUUUUGUUAAAACUGUUUUCUCAUUUGACCUGCUGCCGUCUGGCCUUGUAGAUAGUUUUGGUUUGUGCACCAAGGUUUUGAGAUAUCUGCACAGUUACAGGCUGCUGCUACUCCAAUACAAUGGAAGAACACACAGACCUUCAGAGUUUUUUUUAGCACCAAAAAUAAAAAAUUCUAUUCAUCUUUUAUUGUACUGGAGUGCAGCAGAAAUCUCAAAUAAGAAUAUCUCAAAACCUUUCUGAAAAAAAACAGACAAUUUGAGUACCUUGGUUACGGAAGUGUAUAGGGUCCAGGAACUAUUUCAAAGUAGUCAGUUAGUUCGUCUGGUCCAUCAAAUGUAGUUAGCAGAGCGAUUGAGAGCUGUGCGAGCUGCCAGUGUUCCAUCUUUCCAAGCAUUUCUCCUGUCUAGAAUUUUUAUUCUUAUCCCUGGCCCUACAACUUUUCCCCACUGGAGGUGAGCUGGAAAAUGUCUGUUGUGAUUUGAAUGGACAGACACUAAAACACCCAGUGCACACAACUAAUAAAGUGCUCCUUCUUUUCCACAA